AACGGUCUGAUACGAGGACAGGGUUGAGGUGUCCCAGUGUGACUUUACACCUGUUCAGAUGAGCUGAACAGACACCAUGCCCUUUGUGGAAUUCAUUGCAGGAUGGAUUUCAGGUGCAGUGGGGUUGACUGUUGGACAUCCCAUGGACACUGUAAAGGUGCGUCUUCAAACUCAGUCCACCUACAAAGGGAUAUUUGACUGUGUGGUCCGGACAUACAGGCAUGAAGGGUUUCAUGGUUUCUUCAAAGGCAUGGCUUUUCCUGUCUUCAGUGUUGCUGUCAGCAACUCUGUGGCCUUCGGUUCCUACAGCAAUGCCUUGGAUUAUCUCACCCAGUCCCAACACAGGGAGCGUGACCAAGGCAACAAGGCGCCACUGUGGGCCGUCUUCACAGCUGGAUGCUUCUCAGGAGGAAUACAGGUGCUGGUCACGGCCCCAGUUGACCUAGUGAAGGUGCGUCUUCAAAACCAGACUGCAAGUCAUUCUGUGGCGGGUGGGGCAAAGUACCGCAGCCCCAUGCACUGCGUUGCUGUCAUCUUCAGGGAGGAUGGGGCGAGAGGCCUGUUCAGGGGGGCAUGGGCACUAACCUUGCGUGACGUUCCCUGCUAUGGUCUUUACUUCCUUCCCUAUGAAUUCACCUGCCGGAUGCUGACCGAGAAAGGAAAGAAAUCUAGUACGUAUGUGAUUUUAAUGGCUGGAGGAAUCGCUGGCGUGGUGACGUGGGCUUGUGCCACACCGAUGGACGUAGUGAAGGCUAGACUCCAGAUGUCCGGGGCAGGUGGCAGAGUGUACAGCGGCACCCUGCACUGCAUCACUGCCAGUCUGCAGGAAGAGGGUAUUCGGGUGUUCUUCAAAGGCCUUCUCCUGAAUAGUGUGCGAGCCUUCCCCGUCAAUGCUGUCACUUUUCUCAGCUAUGAGAUGCUUAUUAGGUCCAUGACUGCACCCACAGGCUUUGCUCAGGACUGAUGCACAGGAAGACAUGUCUGUGUGCCAAAGUGACAGAUGUUCUUUCAAACUGCAAGGUUUCAGCUGAUGAAACUUUGGUCCAGGUGCUCUACACAGGGUUGGGAUGUAAAGUACUACUAUUGGGAAUAUAUAUUCUGGUGAAAAGGUAGUUUUCAGAAUACAGGUACGUUGGGCAUUAUUAGCAGAAUACUUCUGGAACACUUACAAAACAUACAAACUUUAAAAGAAGCACCAUCAAUGCCUGUUUAUUAACAAUUUUAAAAUCAGCACACAGCAUGUAGCAAAGACGAUCAUUAGAUGGACUCUAAAGAGGAGCUCAACAAACAUCUUUUUACAAACACUGAAGUUCAGCUAAAGCCUGAAUAGACUGAUAAGUCAAUGUGAUAAGUCAGUAAUUUAUCUCAUGAUUACUAAUCUAUUUUGAGGGAUAAACAAGCUCAGUAGUAGACAUGUUCAUGACUGAUAAGCUUAGCAUCAGUGUUGCACUGGACUCAUGCUUGACUGUGGAGCAGCAGUGGGCUGAGGCAGAUGAUAAGAACAAAAUGAGACUUCAGAACUUCAUUCAAAUGGCAAACGUUCACGAAAUAUACAGUAGUAUGCAAAAGUUUGAACACGUUUUUAUUGAUUUUCUAAUGAAAAUAAGAUAUCACCAGGAGAUGGCGAGUUUGAUCCCUGGUGAUGCUACAGCUAUCCAUGGCCAGGAGAUGGCCCUCCCUCUCCCCCCAUCACUCAGCAUGAUCCUAUUCAAUGCAAACAUCUGUUAGCUGACAUAAAGAACUGGCAGGUAGCGUUCUCCAAGCACACUGAGCUAAACAAAGACAUUGCAUUAGCAGCAGGUCGAAAAGCAGCGGUGGCUCUUCACAUGGCUCAGAGAACGCAAGUGCUAGCCUUCACCUUCCUAACGCUGGUACAAAUGUGUUACUGGAGGAGACUGGAACCGGGGAGAAAAACUGGUAACAAAUAAAUUAGUUAUAAAUUUAGCUGUAAAAAAAAAAAAGAGUGUAAUUUUCUGUAAAUAUCUGACAUAUUAAGCACAUGGUUUUAUCCAGAGUGAAUUACAAUGUUAAAUGUGCCAUGUCUUUUGCACAGACCACAUUUUUAUUUUUUUCCUGAACAUUAAAAUCAGCAAAUAAACAGUAACUAUACAUUAAAAUGUGCAGAACUGAGUUCUCUGAUACUGAACUAAUUUUCACUUAGAAAAUCAACAAAACGUAUUCUGACCUGAUGACUUUAAUAACAGAGGGAUUACAUGAAGCAUAACUGCCAACCAGUAACAGUGAGGAAUCAAGUAAAAAUUAUAACAGCAGUUGUGUCUUAUUGAACUGUAUUCUGCAUGUAUUCUGAAUAUGUUACUUUGCAAUGUAUCAGAACAGAAUAUGUUACUGAAUACAUUUAGGACACUGGAUUCAGUAUUCAGCCAUUACUAUUUUGAAAGUAUUCUGCUCAACACUGGCUGUAGACCAGUAGAGGAUUUGCUUCAGAUUUAAAUCCACUGUUAGGGUUCACCACAGCUUCGGUGGCAAUAAUUCUGUGUUCUUUCAAUGACGACUAAGGCAGUCAGCACAGUAAGCAGUACAAGUCCUGGACUUUCUAACAUUAAAAAUGACUUCUCAAAGCAACUUUAUUAGUUUCUCAUGAGUUACUGCACAGGCUUUUCAACCUUAAGGCCAAAUAUGUGAAUUCAUGACAAAAACUCUAUGUGUAUAAUUACCUCAUGGAGCAUUUAACUACUGACCAAACCAGUGUUACUGAACUGUGGACUAUGACCUGCAAAACCAUUCUUUGUGAACAUUUGAGAGGAUGAAUGGUUUACUAUCAAACACUGAAAAAGCAUUUUAUGUCACCUUUUAUGACAAGGCAUUUUUAAGCUUUUCACUGCAAAAAACUCAAACAGCACAAAACUUUGUGCAAGUUUGAUUUUUAUUUUGGUGAAGGAGAAAGAGAUUAAUUAAAAACAAAAGAAAGGCAAAAAAUCAAUGAAAUGGAACUUAACAUCUUUAUUUUAUCCAUCAAUUUUUUAGACACUGACACAGUGGGCCUGAUUUACUAAUGCUAGUAAUGCAUGUUAAAAUUGAACAUUUAAUGUUAUUAAUAAUUGGUGGACAGUCAAGUCAUGUUCAUUGUCUUGCAGCAAAACACUGUGUACAUGCUAACAACUCAUUUUGUCAUGUUUUGUCAAACAGCUAAAUCUUCACUUUUAUUUAAAUGAGCCAUCAUUUCUUGAUCUCGCUAUGACAAAUUUCUCUGUCAUCUGUCAAACUUGGAUUUUUAUUUAAUAAUAUGAGUUGAUUUCAAAGCUUGGGUGAUUGUAAUGCAGUUCAGCUUAACAAAACCAACAUCUGAUUGCCAGGUUUUCAGUGAGGUCGAGACACCUUGGAAUGAAUGAAUCCUGAAACUACAAAUUCUUCUAUCAGGGAGACAGACAGUCAUCCAAUUCAAACAGAUUUCAUUAAAUUAAUUUAACACACCCAUGGACAAUAAUGCGGAUAUAAGGUUUAUGUGAUUUUUAGCUCAUUUUUAACAACUGUUCUUCAUUUGUAGACAGAAAACUUUCACAUGAAAUGUUCAGGAUUUUCAAGGAAGGUAAAAAUUCAAAUAAAGCAAACAUAAAAAAAAAAUCUCUAGCAAAUUCACUUUAAAAUUGAAUGAUCAAUGUAAAGUAUCCUAUAUUCAAGUCAUUGUGGAGUUGAACACAAGGAAUAAUAGGUUUUCCAAAUUUGGAAUAAACCAGACAGUAAAUCUUAAAUACUGGAUGGAUUUGGAUUUCUACAAAUUUGGUCUUCCCUUCAACAAAAUCGACAAGCUCCAUUUUGAAAUUCCACAUCUCUUGAUGUAGACAAGUCAGUGCAAAAUUCCACAUUUCUGUCAUUUUUUUUUUAUCUGAUAUUAGAGCAUCAAUAUCAUCUACAGUGAUUUCUGUCCUUCUUUGCUUCAAACCUGAAAAAAUGUUGCUAAAACAAUACAGGGUCUAGAAGUCAACUGUGGGAGCACAAUAAACUGAAAAAA